UAUCACUAUUUAUUUUAACCUUGGUUCCAAAACUCGUUUACAUCAUAAUUGGAAAACACUAGUAACCUAAUUCACCAGUCUCGCAAAACAAAAAGAUGAAGCAAAAAUCACCUUCAAAAGAGCAGCAACAAAUUAAAACACUAUCGUGUUUACCAGAAGAUAUAGUGAUAGAAAUUCUGGUGAAAUUACCUGUAAAAUCCCUCCUCCGAUUCAAGAGUGUUUGCAAAAGAUGGAAUUCUCUAAUUAAAACGACUUCCUUCAUUAUCCGCUACAACUCCCCCUCUCGGCGACAUAACAACAGUAAGCUUCUUUGUUUCCGCGAAGACCCAAUCACCCAAACUCAUGUCGUAUCAUUACAUGAUCAUAAAACCUUGGAAAAGAUUCAAGAUUUAGAAUUUCCUUCAUUUAUUGAUGAUGAUAGUGUUCCUUUUGACAAGGAUAUCCAAAUAUUUGGGCCGGUAAAUAAUGGUAUAUAUUGCAUAAACGAUAGACUCAAUCUAUGGGGUGGUACCCUUAUUCUUUGGAAUCCUUGUACUAAAUCCUACAAACACAUUCUCCCAGCUACGAUUUCUGAUGCGACUGAGAGGGAUACAAAAAGUUUUCAGAUUGGAUUUGGAUAUGAUGAUAGUAUUAAUGAUUAUAAGAUAGUUGUUAUUUGCCACUGGGACGAAACGGUCUACAAUGGAGAUAAUCCACCUACUGAUCGUUGGCAUGUUAGGGUUUAUAACAACGCUACUGAAUCAUGGACAACCAUUCACAAUCUUGAAUAUGGUGUUACAGAAUAUUUGGGGUUUCCGUACAUUGAUUUCUGUUCGGGGUUUUCAGCAAAUUGCUUCAUUAACGGUAAAUAUCACUGGUCAUGUGCAGUAAAAAAAUAUCCUAGAAUAUAUGGUAACAAACUUAGUGUCCUUGUGUUUGAUAUGGCUAGUGAAACCUUCAACGUGAUGCGUGGACCUCCCGUCGUCGGCGUAUUGAAUGAGGAUGAGGAUGAGGAUGAGGAUGCCAUGGAUGACUACUGUGAGUUGGAGGAGAUGAGUGUUUGGGUUGUAAAGGAGACUAUAGGUGUGAUGGUUUCAUGUUCGAGAAAGGAGACGGUUAAAGUGUGGAUAAUGAAAGAAUAUGGUGAUGAGGAUUCAUGGGAGUUGGUAUCCACAAUUGCAACUAAAACGUAUGAGGAGUAUCGGGUUAUUGGGAUUCCGAAUGAUAAACAUAUUUUCUUUGCAGAUUUUCAUGGAAAUUUGAUCUCUUAUAACUUUGAGAAUGACCAAGUUAUUGAAUAUGCUGCCUUUGGACCGUACAAGGGCUACUCGGGGGAUGAUAGUGAUACUCUAGGGGUCUUGAACUACGUUGAGGCCCUUUCACUGGUUUAGAUUAGAUAUACACAUUGCCUAAUCUUUAAAUUGGUCUCUUUUCAAAGUUUGUUUUAGUACUUGUGAUAUCUUAAAUCACAAAUUCUUAUUUACAAUGGGUACGUGUACAAUAAAUAUUGUACACCGAAGUAAAAGUUAACUCAAAAUCUUUAAAAGUUAAGCAUAUAUAUA